AAUAAUCGAUUUUCAUAUUUGUGUAAAUCGACUAUCAACCCCUUCAGAAACUCUCCACCAAAUCCUUUGAGAAACUGAACCCUUCCAUAAUCGAUUAUCUCUUUAGGUAAUCGACUAUCACUCCUUCUCCAUCUAAAACCACUGUUUUUCCUCAAACAACCUACGCCCAGAUCCAACAAUAAAUUUUUCCCCUCAUCUAUAUAGCUGGCAAGCUAGAGUAUGAAAAGUGAAAACAUCAUUUAUCUACCAUGCUCGACAGCUACUAACACCACUUAUUGCACAGAAACAUGUCCCGAUGUUAAAACAUGGCUCUUGGAACAAGUGAGCAAAGCUGUAGUUGAACCGUGUCUCUUACAACAGAAUCUUCAGCCAAUUCAGUUCAACAUCAACACUGGGCGGGUGAGGUAUAUCAAUAUUAUCAUUACAAUAUUAUCGGGUAGUAAACUCAGGUUUUCAUCAAAAAUCUCGAAAUCUAAGGCACAUCAUUCACUGAUAUUAUACCACGAGUGUAUCAUCGGUGUAGUCCCCCAUGAACUCCUGGAGCUUCCUCUUCACGUGCUCCUGAAGCAUUGUCAAUCCUUUGCAGCUGAAAUUCAGCUUAAACGUCCGGUCAUCUUCAUUCCCCAUUGCGAACCGAAUCCUGGCCUAAUUUUUCCUCAUAUUCUCGACGAACUCUUAUCGAAGCAAGAUCAACUGUUCCGCGCAACGAAUGGUAGCCCUUCCAGAAAAUCGUCCUGCUCUGGCAACUGCGGAUGGAAAAUUAGAGUGAAAGGCAUUUGAGUGCGGUACACGGUAUUUUUGGAGAGGCAUCUUCGUCGAAUCUUCCUCGAUUUCCCCAGAUCCACAAGUUAGGUAGCCC